AUGGAUAAUUUAGAACUUCUUCAUUGCCAGUCAGUUGAAGUCACCGAGAAAAUUAGUGGCAAUCAGAGAGCCUACUGCUAUGCAGAGGGUUCAAGUCAUGUCGUAUGUGGUAAAACUUUGUAUAUUUAUGAUGACAAAAAAGGCAAUUACUCGAAUCAUCACAUUGACAAAAUAACUGGAGAUCUCAAAUAUGUAAGAUAUAUAUCCUUGAAUGAUAUUGUCUUUCUGGCAACAGAAAAAGAGCUACUGAUAUUUGAUCAUAAAAGAGAGACAUCUCAUAUAGGUCAUAUGAUGAAAAAAUCCUUGGUUGAAAUAUCAUGGAAUCCUACAGAUACCCUCUUAGUUGCUAUAGAGAGUGAUUAUAAUAUAUCAACAUUCACAUUUUCAAAGAUAUCCCAUUCUUUUGACAUAAAACAUACUGUAUCUUUGGAUGCUGCUGUUCCAAUUCCUGUCCUGAUUGGAUGGGGCUCACAAAAUACUCAAUUCAAGGGACCUAAACAGAGACAAGCUGCAGAUACAACCAAAAAUGCUGAAGUCCAGAAAAUAGUUAGCCAUGGGCCUCCUAGAAUAUCUUGGAGAGGCAAUAGUGAAUUAUUUGUUGUGAAUUACUUCAAACAAGAGGGUCGUUUUCUCAAAGUUUUUGACUGUGAUUUGAAUCCCUUGAAUCAGUCAGAAGACUAUCCCAACUUACUUGAACCUGUUGCCUUUAUGGGACAAGGCCAAUGUAUUGCAUGUUGUGCUUCCAAGAGUAAUAUCAAUGAACUGAUUAUAUUUGAGAAGAACUGCAAAGUUAAAGCAGUUUUUGAAUUAUCUGAUAUCAAGGGGAGUAUACAAAAAUUACAGUACCAUUCUCUGAUGAAUCUCCUAGCUAUACAAAGUUUUUAUGAAGACCAGUGCUAUAUAAGUAUAUAUUUAUACUCAAAUGCUAGAUGGUUUUUGAAACAGCAACUAGUUUACCCAUCAAACUGUAAAGUUUUUGGCUUUGAAUGGGUUGAUCUGCAGGAACAUUUAUUUACCACCUGCAAGAUUGUUGUAUUCACAUCAGAGAACAUUGAACAUCAUAUUUUCAGAUUUGUAAUAAAUAGAUCUCCACUGUCUGCUACAGUAGCAGUGGUAAAUGGAAGAACUAUUGAGUUCUCUAUGUUUGACAAAAAAGUAAUCCCCCCACCAAUGAGUUUUGACUAUAUUCAACAUGUAAGACCUAUCAAUAGAAUACUAUUCCAUCCAACAAAGCCACUGUGUGUCAUUAUUGACUCAGCAUUCCAAGUUGGACUUCUAGAAUUUGAUGAACAUAAAAAAGUUGCAUUAACAAUGAUACAGGAACAAAAUUUCAACAUGUUCACAAAUUCUUAUAGCAUUGUUUGGGCUGAAAGAGAUAUCAUUGAUGUCAAUAUAUCAGGUGAUAUUGAGAAAGAGAUUUGUGCUUCUAAAAUAGUGGGUGACAUAGCACUGAGACUGAAAACUGUCAAAAAAGUGCCUGAAAAGUUGAUUCUGCAAUACAAUGACACCAAUACAUUAGAAUCUCACAAAUUUCUAGAGGAUGAGACCACCUUAAUCUAUUUGACCAAGAGAAUUUUCUAUUUUAAUGACUCUGAGGUUCAUUUUGAGUGUGCCCUGAGCAAGAAUAGAGAAUUCUUCCUCAAUGAUGAUUUAGUUUGUACUGGAGUAACUUCUUUCUUCAUAUUCAAAGACUAUCUUAUGUUCACCCAUGUAAAUUGUAAGUUAUAUUGCAUGCGUUUAAAGGAUAGUCAUGGUUUUUGUAGCAAUAUGGAUUUGUCAAAAAUAUUUUCAAGAGAAAUUGAAACAGGUGGUAGGAUUGUUACUUGUAACAACACAUUGCCACCUCAAAUAAUUCUUCAGCUUCCAAGAGGUAACUUGGAGAGUAUUGGAUGUAAGUUGAUGACAAUUGAUGUUGUAGAAGGAAUGUUGCAGCAAAAUAACUGGAAAGCUGCAUUAAAUAUAUUAAGGACAGAGAAAGUAAACUGGAAUGUAUUGAUAGAUCUGAAUCCAACUAGAUUUUGUGAACAUAUUGGUGAUUUUGUUGAGGCUGCCAGAAAUUCAGCAGUUCUAAGUUCUAUAGUUACUGACUUCAAUUUAACUGAGAACUGUUUUCAAACAUUUUAUAAAAAUUAUUUGACCAAAGCAUUGCCAGCACCUAAAUACAAUAAAAGGAAAAUUGUUGAAAACAUUUUGGAAUAUUUGGUUUCAACAGAUUGCUUGAACAAUUUAGCUUGCAUAAUAGCUAUACAACUGAAACAUAUUUCUUUGAAGUCUGCCUUGAAAUCAAUAAAGGACAUUUUUGAAGCUGAUCCAGAGAAGUACGAAUCAGUUUGUAGUAAAGCUAUCAACCAGCUUCUCAUUCAAGAACAUUUCAAGGAUGUCUUGAAUGCAACUUUUUGUUUCUUCAAUUUGGAAUUUUUGUCUCUUGUGUACCACAAUAGUACUGAAGACCCUAAAGUCUAUGAACCUGAACUGGCUAAUUUGCGGAAAAUGCUUCCAGUUGAACAGAGAUUCCAUAUGUGCCUGAAAGGCAAUGAUUUGAAGAAAUCUGUAAAAUAUGUCUUGAGAUGUCCAGCCUUCAGUGAAAAAUACAUUUCUGAUUUCAUUUUGAAUAACAAACUAGAAGAGGAAGCUUAUUUUUCAGUCAAGCCUUUUCAUGAACACUGUAAAUUAGUUACCAGGCUAUUUGCAAAAAGACUGUCACUUCAACAAAAAUACAUAGAAGCUGGAUUGAUUUUGAAACGAUCUGAGUUACUAGAGGAAGCUUUGAUCCAGUACACAAAUGCUCUAGAAUGGCGAGAAGUAUUGGGUUUGAUGACAUUACUGAAGUUCAAUGAAGAAAGGAAAAAUCUCACUCUGUAUGACUUAUCUCAGAGAUUAUUGCGAGCAAAUAGGGUUGAUGAUGCUGUGAUUGUUAUUGAACAUUAUCUCAAAGAUUAUGAGAAAGCUAUAUUAACUCUGGUGGAGUACAAAUCUUUCAGAAAGGCUGUUUGUGUUGCUCACUCAUAUGGAGCUAUUGAAAUUACAAAUGAUACAGUCAUUCCACAAUUGGAAAACUAUGUAUCAGACCUGAUAGAGAAAAUAAGUGGUUUCAACCAGACAUUCUCAUCAUAUGCAUCUCGUCUGGAGACAGUUAGACAAGAAAAGAAAAUCAAGUUGGAGAAUGCCUCACUAGGGAUAUAUGAGGGUGAUGAUGAUUUAUAUUCAGAAUCAGGAAGCACUAUUUCAUCAUUAGGUUCUUCCAGAGCCACCUCAAGGUCACGUGGGUCUACUGCUUCGUCAAAAAAUCGUCGUAAGGAAGAAAGGAAAAAAAUCGAUUUACGAGAAGGUGGUUAUUAUGAAGACAUAGCCCUUAUAAGGGCAUUACAUAUUCUGUAUACAGAAACAUUCAAAUUUGGUCAAGAAGUUAGGGAAAUUUGCCUGAUAACUGAAUACACAAACUUGGAAAUGUUUAGACGGCUGCAUGAUGAUUUGAAACACUUGCAGAAGGAUAUGAUAAAAAGAAUUCCUGAUAUUUGGUCUGAAGUUUUCAUUAGAGAUACAGAUUCCAGCGAUUUCGCAACUUUAGCUGUAAUACAAAAUAAACAAGAUUUAGAUCCCAAAUACUGCACCCCACCUCCUGAAGAUGUAGCAAAUUUGUCUUGGACUCUAGAUAUAUAUGCUUGA